AUGCAGAGGGUCGGCUGUGUGUUUAUCUGCUACAUGCAGAAACGAGAGUCGACGCCUCGGGGGCUCUCGACGUCGCGCUUCUCGAGGCACGUGGAUGGCCGCACAUGGAUAUUGAUUCCCUCCCUUCUACGGCCAUUUCGUUUCGUCAUUCUCGAACUAUGCAAGUAUGUAUGUAGGAAUGUCGUUUUUUCCCGCCUUCAUUGUCUGCCAACACAUUUUUCCACGUCUUUUCGGUUGGACUUUGUUAUUCUACAAGCGUUUUGUAAGGAAUCGUUGAGAAAAAAAGAUCUCUUUGCAGAAGAUGAAGCUCAUUUCCCUCCCCAUUCUUGAAUUUUUAGAUUUUUAGCAGCAUAAUUUUCAAUGUACCUAAGAAAAAUCCUAAAAAACUCCCGUCCGAAAAAUCUCGGAGAAACCUUUAGUUUUCUGAAAAAAAAACUCAAACUCUUCAAAAUUAACGUCUCAAAGCACUUCAAUGUCUUUAUCCAAGUUAGAAAGAAUAUAUAGAAUAAAUUCGCACAUUUCCAACUUUUCAAAAUUAUUUCUUUCUCUUCUUUUGAGUUUUUAUCAAGAAACUUCAAGUACUUUUGGAAAAUGUGUGUGGAAACCUUUGAAAAGAAUUUCCAAUGCCUGACUUUAUCUAAUCAAUCGAUAAAAUCUCAAAAUAAAACCGAUGAAUAAAAUUAUCAACUGCAAACCGGUGGAUGAAAAAGGAACUUCAUUUAAAAUUUGCAGGAUAUUUAUUAUUUGCCUUCUUGGAAGAGCAGCAACAGACAGUAUUGUUUGAUCAAACAAAGGGAUCAUGUUUGAACAAGGACGUGAAUGAAUUAAUUGAAAAAAAAAAUGGAAGGAAAAAAGAAAAAAUGGGAUAUUUCAACAUAAUGGGAAGCAUUAACAAAUUAUCUAUCAAAGGAGAAAUUUAUGAUUUUUGAUAAGUAUGUAAUUUGCUCAGUUUUAAAAAGGCUCUGACGAGAAAACUCAGGUAAAUAAGAUGAAAAUGAGAAGCUAUUCACCGAUAACAUCGGUUUUUCAAAAGAUAAGCGAAAGUUUGUGCAAAAUGAAGAGAUUCAGACAUUUCUGUAGUGUUUUUCCUCGAGUUAUCAGUGAAUGGACUUACAUGCAAAAUGAACAGACUCUGAUUUUCUCGCGUCUUUGAAAAAAGGUUCAUUACCUUUUUCACGUAGUUUUGCUUCCAAUUAUUUCAAAAUGGUUUAAUAAAUAUUUUUAUACGAUUUUCAUGAUCCCAGUAUAGUUAGAAGCUAUCGAACUGAAGAAAAGGCAAGGAGAUAAUAAUGGAGUGGACGACGGCGGACUUUGUUCUGAAGACGUGCCGAAGAAAAAAUGACAGCGUCUCCGGCCAAAACGACUCGAGUCCUAUUUAUGGGAUGUCCGGCUUCUCUUCUCGAGGGCUUCUGAAGGCUCUUUGGAGUCUUUGCUUCCGAUUGUCUGAACAAGAUUUAUAUUUAUGGCCGCUAUUGUUCUUUUCUCCUGUCAGUAAGUCGAAAACCGAAAAAAAUUGCUUUCAAAGGCUUCUGAAGCCGUUCCAAUCUCAUUAAGAAGCAACAUUUUUGAUUGAAAACCGCUUUUUUCGGCGGAAAAGGGCAGUCAAGGUUAUUUUUGAAUCGAACUCCGAAUGACAAGGCUUUUCUCAUUUUGAACAGCAUUUCCAAGUCAUCUAAAGUUUUAUUUCCCAGGUCGAAUAGCCCAAGUGAAACCUGUCCUGUUUAUAAUUUUUUACUAAAAAAAUAAAAAUGCGAAAAAUCAGGCAUAUUGAUCAAACUCUGAAAGGUAAUGAUCCGACGCCAAGUAUAAAAAUAUAUUUUAUGAGCCACUAAAAUGUGUUAUACCCGAAAAAAAAAAUGCAACGGCAAUGGCUACAAACUUCGUCCUAUUCUGAGUUUUCAAGUAUUUUUCAGUCAAAAGUCAAAGAAAAGUGUAACGAAUGAAUUUCGAUUCUUUCGGUCGUCUGAUGGAUCCGCAAAAAAUAAUGGGAAGCAUGCCUUUUCAAUUAAAAAUGAAGGAAAUUACAUUAUCAUAACAGAAGUGGAGUUCAGUUCUCAGGUUUGUCAAAAAAUCACAGCGCACUUUUCCAUUUUUUUAAAAAUUUUUUUAUUGUAAGAUAAACAGAAACUGUAAAGUUAUUCAUGAGAAAUGAAAUUUCUAAAAUUCAUUUUUUUGUUGUUAAGUGUUUGUCGGGUAGGCUUCCAAAAAAUAAAUUUGGUUUUCAAAAUGUCUCAAGUUUCAAGAUAGAAACAAAAAAGGCUGAUUUUCGUAUUUUCCUGUUUCAAGCUCACCUUUUCGUUUUCUAAAUCUUUUUCUAAACCUUGCUCCCCGUUUAACACCUGCCACUUAGUUUUUUUUGGUUAGUGUGGCACAAUGACAUUACAAAUAACUGGAUUUUCGGCGGUGUUUCAGGUGAUAUCAAAGGAAACGAGGCUUCUCGUCGCCUGGGCAACGUCGUCCACAGCAGCGAAUGGGGCGGCCGGAGUUGCCCAGCGGCGGUUCGACGACUUUCCUCCAGCUCUCUCCUUCUCGUUUUCUCUCAAUUAUUAGCCCCAAUUAGUUUGUACUCUCCUUUUUUUCUAAAUUCGAUUGUCUAUCAAAUUUUCUUUUAAUUGGUAUGAUUCUUUGGACUUUAUAAAGGCAUAAUAACAAUAAAAGUUUGUAUAUUGUUCUGAUGAGGGGUUGAAAAAAAACGUUCUUCAAUUUUUUGAUGACUCAGUGGGUGAAUUUAAUUGGCUAAAAAGUUUAAGCCUUUUUUUUGCUAAUUUCAAUAUUUUAGAUGACUCAAGGGUAAUUAAUCUGUAUUCAGUUUUUCAUUCGGAAAAUGACGUUUCAAUUUGUUUAAAUCUGGUAGUACCAAGCUUUUCCUCCUUGAAAAGUGUGAUAAAUACACAUUCGUCACGGAAGUUAUUUUCAAAUUCUUCCAUUCGUUUUUUUUCCGAUCGGAAGCCUAUCCUUUAGACUAGGAAAAAAUCUUAUGUUUUUCAAAAAGGUUCAUUUUCACCUCACCUUUUUCCAGAAAGUAAUCCUUCUAUCCAACAACUAUCUCUCAAGAUCUGCGCUCCCAUCUCGUCAAAUAUUAGGUGAGGUUACAUGUUUCAUUAUCGCAAAACAAAUCAAAUUGAUACUCAGAUGAAUGGACAGGCCACUAGAGAAGCGUUCUCAGGAGUCAUUGAGAAACCUCAAAUGACGGACCAAUUAUUGGCUCGGCCGCCCUUCAAAUUCAUUCUGGACAUUGUCAGUGGUGUUAUCAAACAUACGGGGUAUUUGAAAGUGAGUUUUCUUGACUUUGAAAAUAAUUCCGGCGGAAGUCGGGGAUAGUCUGAAAAGCCUACGUUUUCGUAGAAUUUUCUCAUGGGUUUUUCAGCCCAUUUCACAUUGUAUUCAAAGUGAAGUCAUAAUUAUCAUGACUUGAACGGCUCAAAACUUUGCAAUUCCAAAGCUUCCAGAUUUAAAAGAAUGUUUUAUACUACAAGAUUUUGCAGUGCGCAAGUUGUUUUUGGUCGGGUGCCCUGAACAUUUUUUUUCGUUCUGCACAAAGUCGCGAAAAUCGAAAUUCAUGAAGAGAAUACCUGUGGAAGGCUUGGCUGAAAUAUUUUCAAGCCAUCUUGACUUUUCCAUUUUAGUCAAAUUCGAACCUUUUUCUAAAAAACUAACUUCAGCCAGGCCAAUGACGGUUUUUCUUUUGGUUGAAUGUCAGCAGCUGAAUUUCUUCAAAUCAGCUUCAUUCUAAGUAUUCAUCAUUACAGCAUGACUUUGAAAAGAGCGAAUUGGAAGCGGCGGCCAACGACAAAACAACCAAGACCGAAUUUUUGGACAAAUUAAUUCGUUUACUAAACGACGAUGGAAGUUUGGGCAGUGUGAGCGCCAGCAAAAUAAUCGCCGGAAAAGAGCCAGAAGAGACGAAUUUGGUGGGUUUUUCGAUUGAAGAAAUCGAAAAUCUUUGCUUGAGUAGUUGAAAAUAUAUGAAAGACAGUUUAUUUUUACUGACGAGAAAGUAUUCAUCACUUUUUCUUGGACAAAAAAAAGAUGACAAAAAAACAUUUCCCAGCCUGGCUUCUGUUUUGAUAGUCACCAAGGUCGUUAAAAUGUUAUUUUUCUUCAUAAAGGCAGAAGCUCUAGAUGACUUUGCUGUUUUUGCAGUUACUUCAAUUGCUUGGCAACCGUGCUCGCCAGGCAAAGGCUGAUAAAAAAGCGAAAAAGGAAAAAACUUCAAGUAAGGAGAAGGAUAAAACAGAAGAUAAGGAGAAGAAGAAAAGCUCUUCUAAGAGUUCUUCAAAAGAUAAAGAUGGCGAAAAGAAAAGCAGAAAGGUUUGUAAAUUUUUUUUCAUUCAAAAUAAAGAACAUUUCUUCAGGUUGAGAAUAAAGAGAAUGAGCCAAAGUCUACCAAAGAAAAAAAAGAAAAAUCAAGAGAUCCAGAUAAGUCCAAAGAGAAAGACAAGGACAAAGAGAAAAAGAAGAAGGAUACGGAAAAACCUGGAAAAGAGAGGUCAAAGAGCAAGGAAAGGACCAGAAGCUCAUCGAAAGAACCUAAAGAAAAAUCAUCAAAAUCAUCAAAGAAAAGUUCUUCGAAAGAUGACAAAAAGCGGGAUAAAUCUCUGAGGAGGAUGGAUUCGAUGAUUGCGGUUCAUGGAGACAAUACUCCGCAGGAUCCUGGAGACGACGGCUAUGGAGAAGAAGAAGAUGAAGCAGAGCAUUACGUCAACAACGACAUCGAGCAGGAGGGGAAUGGAAUCGACAGUCCUGGAAGUUUUGAAGGCAUUCGUAUGACCAACCUGCCAAGGUCUACAGUUCGAUCUGGGGACAGCGGUGUUGGCGAUGGCGACGAAAGUCCGAGACCUCCUCCUCCGGAAGAAAGAGCGGCGGCUUUGAGGUUUAUUUUUCGUAUUUCAAUAACUUUCGGCUUGAAAUGGUCCAGGUUGAAAAGUUCGUUUUUUUUUAUUUAUCUUCAAGAAGAAAAUUGUUUUCUCGAUACUCGACUCAUGACCUUCUUUUCAGCUCCCGACUCUUCGGCUUAUCAUUAAAGAUUGUUUUCUAAAAAUCAUGAUGACUCUUUGAAAAUUAUAAGAAGAUGAAGUUUGUCUAAUUGAGCAUGAAUAAGAGCAAGAAAAAACCAAUCGACUCUUUCAAGAAUCGCCAUUUAAAAAGACAAACUUCAAACAAUCAGAUAGUGACUCCAAAAGGUUGCAUAACUUUUCCACAUUAAUUUCAAGGAUGAAUUUUUUUUUUUUUCUCAGGCUCAUGAAAGGAUUGGAACUGGCAAAUUCGAGCUUUCUCUUUGAGUAAUUAAGUUACAGACCGAUGACAGGAGCCGCAAGGCCACAAACUUCAAUGGGAAGGCCUGGAACAGCCGCAGCUCGUCCAGCUCCUCCGAAAAUCAAGAAAAAGCAGAUUGCGACUACUGAUAGUACACCUUUACCGGUGCGCUGACAAAAAUUGGAAAAAAAAAAAUUUUUAUGUUUUAGGUCGUUGAACUCAAAGCGGAAAUCAUAUCGGAAGCUUCGAAGACCAACGACGCCGCUGAUAAUUUUCUCGUCCAAGAGGAUGAAGAGGAGCUUUUCAAUGGAACCGUGGAAAAUGUUCAAGAAACACAGGUGAGUCAGAAAAAAACAGGAAAAAAAAAGAUAAUUGAACUCAGGUGGACGAAGAAGAGAGAGGUGCUCUGGUUCAAAAAAUUAUGGAAAAGAAGGCUGAACUAGAAGAAGGUGCAGCUAUAGCUGCGAACGAUGAUGAUGAUGGUGAUAUAGACGUGGAAAGAUCUAAGGUUUGGAAAGAAGCUGAAAUGGAAACAUUUUUUUAGGUCACCGCUCUUCAAGCUAAACUUCAAGAUGUGACCAAAGCAGCAUAUCCAUUGGCCAGAAUAUUCGAAUACGCCCAUGUAAGAGCCAUUUUUUAUUGUUUUAUCAAUAUUUGAAUACGUCGUGAAAUUCCUCAAAAUGUCUCUUAUACACUGCAAAAUGUUUUUUAAAGUUAUGCUUAUCUUUUGAUACUUCGUUACUAGAAGCAGAUUGAUAAUUUGACCGAGAGAGCCUUAAAUGUACCUCUUUGAGGUUUUUAAAGUUGACAUUUCUUUUGAGAAAAGCAUUUUUGCGUUCGAAACUGCUUUUUUCAGCCCUCAAAAGCCUGAAAAUUUUUAGGGUACCUUUAUUUGCACCCCAAAAAGCGUUCUAGUAAAUUUCUAACUAUUUUCUCACAUUAAAUGAAGAUGAAUCUUUUUCUGAGCUACGAGAUACCGUCGGCCGUAAGUAGUUUAUAGUCGGGUGCACGGAGAGAGAGUACACGUUGAGCCAUUCCCUGUACAAACAGCAUUUCUGAGAGAGAUAGAACUAACUCCAAUAUCAUUAUUUUCAGGAAGACAUGGAAUCGAUGCUGAAAGAAGUCGAGAAAUGGAGAAGUGAGGCGAGAAAAAAUGAAGUCGCAGAGCAGAAUAAAGAAUCUAGUGGUGUUGGGGAAGCGACCAGGUAUUUCAAUCAAUUUUUUUCCUUCAACCAUUUUUCCUCUCAGAUUGUCGCACAUCUUGAAUCAACUGGACCAAGAAAUAAUCGACGUCAAAGAAGCGUUGUCUUCAACGAAAUCCCGCAUCAUGCAGAAUAAUGAACGAAUCAAAAUCCUGGUUGCCAAUAUUUAA